ACAUAGAAAUAUAGUACCAAACAAAAGAAGAAUAAUGGGCGGAGCUUGGCAUUCUAAGCCUGGAGUAGAGCCCAAAUACCUACGAGGGUAAGCCCCUUUCAAGAAUUUACAACCUUUCUCUUUCCCUUCGGCUCCGGCAGCCUCCUUCGCCGUUCUUCCUUAAAUCCAUCCUCAGUUAAUUGCAACGAAACCUUCUAAAGUCGUGCAUGCUGAGCUGACGGAGAAUGGGUAACAGCAAGCAGAGGCGAUUCAAGAACCAUCGCGGGCAAUCCAGCCGCCCUUAUGAACCAAAUUAUCCGCUCAGUAAUGAAGAGUCACUACCCGUUGGUUCAAGCGAAGACGAUGAAAAACCACGCCCUAGUGUUCAUCUUGCUAUGUGGGAUUUUGGUCAGUGCGACGCAAAAAGAUGCACUGGACGCAAGCUUGCACGAUUUGGUUUGUUGAAAGAAAGUAUCUUCUUUUGAUGCAUUGCUGUUAAAUGUUCCAAAUCCGGUUUACUAUUGCCAGUAGCGAGCAAUUCCCAUGAAACAAUUGAAUUUCGUACAUUCUUUUAUGUAGCUAUAUUUAGGUCUAAACUUUUGUUUGGACACACAUAUUAUUAAGAGAGUCUAAUUUUUAUUGUGUAUUUGCAGGAGUUGAGGGUUAACAGUGCCUUUGGUGGCAUUGCUUUAAGUCCUGCUGGAUCACAUUGCAUCUCGAGAGAGGAUCAUGAUUUAAUUGAACGAAAGGGGUUGGUAGUUGUGGAUUGUUCAUGGGCACGAUUGGAUGAUGUACCUUUUGCAAAGCUACGGUGCCCUGCACCUCGUCUUUUGCCAUGGUUGGUAGCAGCAAAUCCAAUAAAUUACGGUCGACCUUGUCAGCUCUCUUGUGUUGAGGCUUUAGCUGCUGGUUUAAUUAUCUGUGGGGAAGAGGAAAGUGCAUAUUUACUGCUGAACAAGUUCAAAUGGGGCCAUGCUUUCUUGUCCCUCAACAGAGAACUUUUGAAGGCAUACUCCGAAUGCAAGACCAGUGCAGAUAUCAUUUCAACCCAAAAUGAAUGGCUCUCCAGGGAAAGCUCACGGGUUCCACAAGCUCUGGAACAGCCAGAUGGAGAGGAUGCACAAUCUCAUGAUAAUGGUGAAAAUUCAUCUAACGAUUCUGAUGAUGGACUUCCACCACUCGAGAAAAAUAUGAAUCAUUUGAAGUUGGCAGAUAGUGAUGAAGAGAGCAAAUAAGAUGUCACCAUUUAUUUUCACUUGUUGAAAUUAAGUUAUAUCGAUGUAUUUGUUUCUACCUACAUCUAAAUGUGUAAUGAAUGCUCCGUACUAUAUAACUCAUAAAUGCCCAUAUACUAA